GCCGCGUUGAAUGGACUGCCCGACUGAAACUUGUUAUUAUUAACCAAGUUAUAACCUUUUAUUCUGUGUUUCGUUUUUAAUUUAUUGUUUAAACAAUAGAAUCAUACAUGAAACAGUAUUAUUUUGUGAUUAUUAGUUAUUUUAUUAAAAUAUUUGUACAUUAAGAUUGUUUAAGAAACGUCGGUGGCUGUUUUUAUGAGUUAUGAUGUGAUCCAGUACAAUUUGGAAUCAGUUUGAAAAUUUGAAUAUCGAAUAAGAUACCUUUAUUAUAGAAGUAUCUACACACACAUGUCCAAAAGUGGGAUAUCAAGAUAUAGAUUUCUAGAAUCUAUUUCAAUUAGUAACAUGCUCCAAUUGCACAUUGAUAGUAACAAAGUUAUCUCUGCCCACCUCAUUUUGAAUUAAGAGUCGGGGGAUGUCCUUAUGUUUGAAUUCAGAUGUUCUGCAUCCAAGAAACAGAGCCACACAUGGAUCCAUUCUCGGACAAAGAUCCUUUGAACACGAACACACCGUCGGAAUCCAGCGAUGACGAGCCGAAUGCCAAAAGACUGAAGACGUACGGGAGUCCAUCGCUAAACCUGAAAGUCUACCAGAUACCCGCCUUCAACACGCCCAGUUCUCUCUCAAUAUUCCCCACCACAACGAAUACAUUGCCCAAAUUCGUUAACAAUCCGUUAAACUUAGCCAACCCGUUAUCGUUGACAGCAAACAAUAUUGGCAACAGUGUUGUCAAAUCGUUGCACAGCAGGUACUCGUUGCCCUCAAAGUUAACGAUCACACCCGUACCAACACCCACGAAGAGUGCGGAGACAGGCGAGGUUGUCAGAUACAAGAAGAACGGAGAGAUAGCGAAGAAGAGAGGCCCUCCGAAGGGGUAUAAGAGAAAACCCAAAGUUGAUCUGUCGUGUAGUUUAUCUAAUGGAGCUUUGCUGCAGGCACAGAACUCGAUCCUGACCAGCUUGCUGGCAGCGUCGAAGGUGUUCACCACCGUACCACCAACAACCACCGUCAUAUCGUCUCCGGCCGUUCCAAAAGUCACAGUUCCCGAAGGUACAGAGCUCGUGGAGUUACUCCUGGACCCCGAAGACUGGUUUCCGGCUGAGCCUUAUAAAAUGGUGUUUAGCAGAAAGAAGAAUCCCAAGUGGAAGAACUUCCCGUAUCGGUGUGAACACUGUUUUAAGGGUUACCGCGUGGUGUCAACAUUGGUGACGCACGCGGCCGAGCGGCACGGCAGCGUGCCGCGCGAGCUCGCCAUCCCGUGUCCUUGCUGUCCCCACGUGUCCACGCGCCGCAAACACCACAAGAAACACCUGGAGUCGCACGAGGGCAGGCGGCACAGGAUAUUCUGUUACUACUGUUUACCGCCACACGAUCCUUCGGAGCCGUACGUGAAAGAAUCUGAAAAGUACCCGUUCGACAAAUUCCCACAAUACUGGUACGCUUCAGAGGAGUCGCUGCGGCUGCACAAGAAAAGGAAACACCCGUACGCGGCCAUGUUCAACUAUAAUUGGUUUUGUACGUGGGGCGAAGGUAUGCCCAAUAGUUAAUGAGAGGUCCCACCGCGUGAGUAUUUACUACCAUUUUAGUAGUUUUGGUAGUGGCAUCAGAAGCUGGCAACACCGAUGUCGACGCCCCGUUUAUUACGUAAGAUGUUUGCGGCAACGUGAUAUCCAAUUCUCCCGCCAAAGUUAGUGUUUAGUAUGUUAUGUUUAAUGAUUCAUAUUAUACGGGUUUAGUAAAAAUACGCGUGUAUACUAAAAACGAGCUAAAUAAUUGUCAACUUUAUUACGAGCGACUUACAGUAUGUUUUUGUAUCACAAAAUAGUGUUUAUGGGUACUAGGACUUCAUAUGUUGAUUAGAGAUAACAGAUGUAUUGAAAUGUCUUACGUAAUAGAUACAUACAGGUAGCGAAUAUUUUUGGUAGCUUUUUUUACAAUGAUUCAGCUAUUAUGAAUGUACAGUAGGAUUUUUUUAUAUAAAUAAUUUAAUUGCCAAAUGGCGAUCGACGGCUCAUGUAAUUAUAGAUUUUAAUUUUUUACACUGGCAACUUUAAGUAUUAUGCAUAGUUUAAGCUCUGUGUACAAAAAGUCUCUAUUCCGAAUACGUAGAAUUUAAAAUACACUGAAAUACAUUGGCGAAUGUGCCAGUAUUUACUGGUAUAGACAUAAAAAAAUAUUGAAAAAAUUAUUAUAUAUAUAAACUCUAUUUUUCAAUUCUUGGCAUAAUUAAUAAAUAAUCUUAGUAUAUCUAUGUAAAAGAAUAACACCUGAGUUCUCAGGAAUGGCAACACAUGCGGGGUAUCAUGCGCGAAACAGUAUACUCUGUUAUGUGCAUGGUACUGCUCACGUCUAUAGGCGACGGUUACCACUUUCCAUCAGGUAGGACGUCAGCUUGUUUGCCAUUUUAAGUGACAUAAAAAAUAUAUCUGGAGGAAUCUGGUGGACAAGGCUAAGAUGGCUUCCAAAAAGUUAGGAAUGCUCAAUAGGGUGAGACGGUAUUUCACGCGGGAACACCGCCUGAAAUUAUAUAAAGCUCAAGUCAGGCCGCAUAUGGAAUACUGUUCUCACCUGUGGGCAGGAGCGCCACAGUACCAACUCCUUCCGUUAGACCGCAUUCAAAGUCGGGCAGCUCGAAUUGAUGACGAUCGGCGUCUUACUGUCCGGCUCGACCCACUGAAACUGAGCAGAGAUGUUGCAUCUCUGUGCAUCUUCUACCGAAUUUAUUAUUAGGAGUGCUCUGAGGAAUUGUUCGGAUUGAUACCCGCUGCUGAUUUUCACCAUGGUACAACCCGCCACAAACCAGUUUCAUCCCAAUCAUCUGGACGAGUGGCGGUCCUCCACCGUGCGUUUAUCAAGGAACUUUCUUCCACGCACAACCACUCUUUGGAAUCAACUUCCAGCAGCAGUAUUUCCAAACCGAUACGACAACAUAACCUUCAAGAAAAGAGCACAUUCCUUUUUUCAAAAAGGCUAUGUUAAGGUUUCCUCAGGGUUGGCAGCGCGUACGUGACACCUCUAGUGUUGCGGGCGUCCAUAGGCUACAGUGACCGUUUACCAUCAUACUGGCUGUAUGCUUGUUUGCCAUCUUUGUGGUAUAAAAAAAGUUACUCUUUUAUAUGUCAGUCAACGAUGUUUGUGUUUAUUUAAAUCUUAGAUUGUAUAGAUAGAGUCUCGAGUCUUAGAAACGGGUCAACUUUUUGUCAGCCAAUUGUUAAAUUAACCGACUCGUUUUGUUUAUUAGUGUUCUAUAUACUUACGCACACAAUGUAUCUUGACGUAUCUAUAUUUAAUUGUUUAAUAAAUAAAAUGAGUGUUUACGCAUUAAAAAGAUGCAGAAAUUAUAAAACAAAACAAAUAUAGAAGUUAUAAAGGAAUCACUCGUAACUAUUUGUGAUGCAAAAUUGUAUGAAAAAGUUGAUCCGUAUUUUUCGAAGCAUUUGUAUGGAGACACUGUAUCUAUAUAAUCUAAGCUCUAAUGUACUGUGUCUAAAAUAACACUGUCAUGAAAAAGUUCAUACAUGAUCAAUUAACACUGUGCACAUUUGUCGUUCAAAUAGGCUUUGCUCAAUAAGUGUUUUUUUUUUAAUAUGUUAUUAAAAUAUUAAUUGACUGUUCCAUUUUUAAAUUAAUGAAUACAGUAAAAAAAAAAAUAGUAGAAUUGUUUACUAAUUAUGCCAAGUUUAGAAAAAUAGAUAACGGACUUCAUGCCUUAUAAAUUAUUAUUAGUGAUAUUAUCAUAAACAAUUGUGAUAUGUCUCUUAUUAAAUAAAAAACAAAACUUUACAUUUUAUACUCAAAUACGUUAAAUCACAAAUGAAACGUUUAAUUCUAAAUUCAAAAAUUCCCUCCUGUUUUCUUGCAGACUAGAUUCUUUUUAAUUUCUUUUUUUUUUAUAUAUUAUGUUUUAUUCUGAAUUUAAAAAUUCCCUCCGGUUUUCUUCCAGACUAGAUUCUUCUUAAUUUCUUUUUUUUUAUAUUAAGUUUUAUUCGGAAUUCAAAAAUUCCCUCCGGUUUUUCAUGCAUAUUUAGAUUUUUUUUUCUUAUUUAGUUUUAUUCUAAAUUCAAAAACUCUCUUUAGUCUUCGUGCAGACCAUAUUCUUUUUAAUUUCUUUUUUUUAUAUUAAGUUUUAUUCUGAAUUAAAAAAUUCCCUCUAGUUUUCAUGCAGACUGUAUUAGUUUUUUUUUUAUAUUACCCACGAUCAAUGUUCAAUCUCACUCAUUGAUUCUAUCAUUUCGUUAAUUAAGAUUAUGUCCGUUGUCUCAUCCUGAUUUUUUGAUAUAUAAUUCAUUAGCUACGUCUCAUAAUAUCAAAUUAUAAUUCCAUGAUCGAUAAUUCCAAAAUCAUUCCAUUUUAAUCCCCCCCCCCCCCUCUUGCUCAAGAGCCAUUUUUAGUUUAUAUAUAUUGUUUUGAGGUCCAAAUUUUUAAAUGAACCGGGCCAGUAUUUUUUAAAAAAGAAAUAAUUCUUGACUUAUCUAAUAAGACUGUAAAGCAAUAACCUUUUUAGGACCACAUUAAGAAACUUUAUAAUGUAUAUUUGUGGCUGAGUUACGUAGACAUGGCCUUAUUUUGGCUGAUUUUUGUAGAUCUGGCAGACUUUUGUAGAUAUUUAGGGCUCAGUUCUGUAGAUGUAGCUUAUUUGUGGCUGAGUUCUGUAGUUAUAGCCUACUCGUGGCUGAGUUCUGUAGAUAUGGCCUAUUUAAAGCUGACUUCUGUACAUAUGGCCUAUUAAGGGCUGUAGAUUUAGCCUAUUUAGGGCCGAGUUUUUCUGAUAUGGUCUGUUAAAGGCUGAGUAAUCCACACGUGACUUAUUUAGGACUGAUUCAUGCAACUACAGCCUUAUUUUAGGCUAAAUGUUUAGAUUACCUCAUAAAAUGACCAAGUAGAAUGUAUUAAAUAGGUUAACUGUCUUAAGAAUCAUGAUGUACGGAUUUUGGAAAUGUUUUUUGUCGGUAUUUAAUUUUUUUAAUUUUUUAUUUUAUUUUAUUAUCAAUAAUUAUGAAUGAGUAUAUUUUAUUUGCAUUAUACAAUAUAGGAUAUAAGCAAGACAAUUUACAAACAUAACGAUACAUUUGUAUAAGUACAGUGAGGCGGUCUUAUUGCUGGGAGCGAUCUUUUCAAGACAACCUUAAGGUAAUGGACUAAUUGUUGUACAAGUAGGUAGGUAUAGUACCGUAUAAUGGAAAAAAAGCAUCUUUUGCAAAUUAAAAUUAUGUGAUACUUUUCAAAACCUAUUCAAUAACGGUAGCUUAUUUCAUAAAAUAAUAUUGUCCCCAACUUGGUGUAGAAGGUACAGAUUGAUUGUAGUUUGAUAAUGAACACGAAGGAAUAAGUGAAGUGGCGCGAAAUCGAAAGAAGUUUUUAAAAUUAUAAACGUGUUCCAAAUUCAAAAUAAUUAUAAAGUUGAAAAAAAAAAGAACAGUAUUUAUGGCCAGACUAGUUAUAUAUACUUAUAUAUAUACUUAAAAUAGUAUAAAUUUGAUUUAAAAUUAAUGAAAUAAAGUCCGUUUCGAAAUUUUUUCGAGUGUUUAAAGUCGGUUUGUUUUUUAAGUUUACCAGGACCGUGCCUUAGUGGAUUGUCAUAAUAGAAAAUUACGUUUCGUUUUCAUUUUUUUUUUUAGGCAAUACAUUAUAACACAUUUUCAAUAUACAAUAAUAAUACACUUUCGAUCUUCGUUCUGUGAUUUGACUAUUGUUUAUAACAUAUUCAGUCAUUUCUUUUUUAAAUAAAAAAAAAAACAAAAUUUGACAGUUUUAAAAAUGUGAGGUUAUAAAAUUGGAUGUCAUGUCAAAAUUUGGCGCCUUUUUUAUUGAUCGCACGCAAUUAUGUCAAACAUAAAAAAUAAGUUUAGAAAAAGAUUUUUUUUUUAUAACAAAUAAUAUUUUUACAGAAGUCAUGACAUCAUAGUUCUCAGGACCAAUAGUAACGCAUUAGGGGUACCAUGGGCGUCACUCUGUGAUGUCUGUGAGCCAUCAAAAAUUGUUAAAUGUAAUAUUUUUUUCUGAAGUGAAUGUUAUUCAAACUGGAGGAUAAAACAGUUUUUAUACCGAUAAAAAAAACCCCAAUAGAUGGCGGUAGGGGACACAAGCUUUGUCGUAUCAGUUGUAAACAAAAAUGGCGCCCGACACUGAUUCGUUCACACACUCUUUUUUUAAAAAAAAAUAAUUCAAUUUUUAAGCGACAUCACUUUGACUUUAACUGUAUCAUGAUUAAAUAAAAAAUUAAGAGUAAUAAUUAUUAAUAUGCCAAUAUUUUUAUAUGAAUUUUAAUGCAUUUAUUAAUAAAAUAUAAAUGAUUAUCGUAAGGUAGAUGUAAAUUUAAAAAAAAAUAUUUUAAAGAGGCAAGAUUCGAUUUACUGUUUAUAACAGAUUCAUAAAAAAAAAAUUCUUAAAUCUUUUUCACGUAUAAAAAGCUACAUUAACAGCUAAGUAACACGGGCUGUGUUUUAUUUGCAACAAACGUGCCAAGUCGGAAGGGAUCGCUAGUUUUAAAAUAAAACAGCUUCGGUUCAGUUGUAAAGUUAAUAGCGUAACAGAAAUGGGUGCACGUAGGUAACAUUUAAUCGUAAAAUGUGUCCAACAUUGCCAUAUACAAUUUUUUAUGUCUACCUUCAUUUUAAAUAUUUUUUUUGUUAAAUUUUUUCCUCAAACGUUUUCCUUCUCUUUUGGCAAUGUACUAACUACAAUAUACUACUAAGCGAACGACAAAGAAAGACAAUCAGUACAGAGUAUGAUAGGGCUGAUAUACCUAAAGAAGGUAGAAAAAUUAAAAAAAAAAAAAUAUUAACACAAAUAUCAAAAUUGGCACAAAAAAAUACCCCAAACUUGUCCAUUUGAUUUUUCUACAAAUAUUUCUCUAAUAUUACUACUCAAAAUUGUCAUAAAAAAAAAUCAUUUUUCAAAAACCCACGCCGGACGGCCGCCGGACGCCGUUCCAACUAGGACAAAUCCGGCGAAUUCCAAACGGAUGGCAGCUCUAGUUCAAUAUGACUUGUAAUUAGGGAUUACAGUAUUCGAAAUAUAGAAGUUUUUGGUAGAAGAUUGAUGACAAUUUUAUUUUAGCCUCUAUUUUUUCUUUUUAUUAUUUGUUUUAAUUUAUACAAUAUUUUUUUUAAUAUAAUUCUUAUAGCUGAUUAUAUAACCGCCCUUUGUCUUUGUCAUUCCGGAUCCCGGAUCCCGGAUCUCUACUUGUAAUACAGGUUUAUCACCCAAUACAGGCGCCAGCCCAAACAAAUCGUAUUGUUAAAACCUUUUUACAAGUUAUAUUUAAUAAGUCCUUAAUAAUUCGUGGUGAGAAAUAAAUUAAAACGCGGGUAGUUUUAAGUUUUAUAAACUUAAUUAUUAUAAGAUCCAAAUUGUACAUGAUACGAUAAAUUAGACGUCAUUUAGUUUAUAUUAUGAUAAUUUUAAAUUAAUGAACAAACCUUUAGUAUUUUAAGAGUAUAUUUAGUCGAUUAGUGGUCGAACAUGUGAGAUUUACACGCUCGGUAACACAGCAAGCGAUGGCAAACGUGUAAAGUCGGUAUUAUUGGGUAGAUUGGGAACGAUAUCUAAUGAAUAUGUUCUUGAGCCUUCUCAGUAUACGCUGUAUAGAAAAUGAGCAAAUAAUAAAAAUAUAUGGUAAUUUUUUUUUCUUUUUGGUAGAAAGUGGGCAACAUUGUUGACAUAAUGUCGAAAAUGACAUUUGAAACACUCUAAACAGCUGUCAAAUUACUGUAUCGUAUUCUAAGAACAAAGAAUUACAUAGAAGGAAUGAUGAAAUAAAAAUUGUAAAUCGAAUGGUUGCCUCCUUUCUUCUUAUGCAAAUAUAAUUAGUAAAAAGAGGACGAAAGAUACACCAUCAGUUGCUAUUUCUCUCAAUUCAUAGCAGGCUAGUGUAUAGAAAAUGUUUGAUAUGUCAAUUAUUUGUCAAUGACAAAUUUUACAUUACUAGAUUAUAUAUUGGACACAGUUUAUGUAGAAAGUAUGCGUGCAGGUUGUAUCUGAAUUUGGUAGGGUUAUACGGCCGUAUAACAUUUUUUAUACAAUAGCCUGCUAUGAAUUGACAAUUUUAUCACUCCUAAUGUAAUUCCUUGUUCUCAGAUCGUAUUACGAUGUAAAAAAAAAAAAGGCUUUUUAACCUCACUGGAUACUAGUAUAUUUGCCAAGUGUAUACAAGCGCUUGAUACUUGCAAUAUGUGCCGACCGUGUAAAUUUUUUUUAUAAUAAUUCUAUGCAUAUUACAAUACGAUCAGUUGGAAAAUCCAACUAUUACAAAAUGACAGUAUUAAUUAUGAUUUUAAGUUAUAAUUAACAAUUUUUUUUUAUACAAAGUAUAAUAGAUAGUCGGGCCAAUUAUGAGACGCCAUUUUUUCUAAAACUAUCUCGUAAUUUUAUGUUUUAAUUUGAUUAUCUUUUUUGUAUCAGUCUUUAACUGUCCACUGCUGAACUUAAACCUCUCCUUGGGGGUUUUGCCAUUAGUUGCCACGCUUGGCAGGCGGAUUGGCAACCGCAGUUAGGCUUUAGAGAUGCUUUAAAAGGGACGAUGCUAAUUUGAUACUUUUAAUAUGAUAAUUUCAAGAAUUUACUAUUUUAUAGACUAUCGUAAAAUUAAAUUUUUAAUAAAUUGUAACUUAAGUGUAUUAAGAAUUCAUAUCAUACUGGUCCUUAGUUUAAAGACCUCUCUGUUCGUAUGUCUAUUAGUAAAUUAAUUUAUAUUAAUCCUUGACCAUGUACAUUGAUAUUUCGGAACGUGUUGGUGCAUUCGGGUGACUUGUCGGUGGUCUGCUUGACGUGGAGGAACGAUAUAUUGUUAUCGAUGUUGUAUUUACUUAUUUAUUGCUGGUAAAUGGAUUUUAAUUUUUAAAAUAUUACAACACCAAUUUGGAAGUUCUUUGCGUGGAUUUGGGUGGAUCACUGGUACGCACCUCUUUACAUUUCUGUCAUUCAUGUAUGUAUAUAUGUUUGAUUUUGUACAAGUAGUUGUUUUACAGUAUUAGGUGGCCAACGUCGUUGGUGACACUAAAAUUAUUGGUAUUUAGAUAUAUAUAUAUAUAUAUAUAUAUAUAUAUAUAUAUAUAUAUUGUCAUUGUGUCUACUGUUUGUUGACCUAAAUAAAGAGAAAAAAAAUGCGUUCCCGGCAUAAAAUAAGCCAACACUUUCUCGUAGGUGUCGUGAGAGACGACUAAAGAAGGGCAAGGGAUGGACAGCAGCGUCCCUCUUAGAAUUUUUUUUUAUACAACUUAGAAUGGCAAACAAGCUGACGGCCCACCUGAUGGAAAGUGGUAACCGUCGCCUAUACACAUGAGCAGUACCAUGGACAUAACAGAGUGUACUGUUUCGCCCAUGAUAGUGGGUAUCAUGGGCGAAACAGUACACUCUGUUAUGUCCAUGGUAGUACACAUGCGUUGUCAAGAAUAUCUCUAAAGUCUAACUGCGGUUGCCAAUCCGCCUGCCAAGCGUGGCAACUACUGGCAAAACCCCCCAAGGGGAGGCUUGUGUUUAGAAGUGUACAUUAAAAGGCUGAUAUAACGAUGAUGAGUCCUUACCAUAUCUGAUAUCAAAUCAGAAUUUUAAUUUUCAAGAUAUAUUUAGAAAAAUGGCGCUCAGAUUCGACCCUAGUGUAUAUCAUGUAUAUUUAUAUAGCAAUUAGUGAGAAUGAAACUGGAUAACUUUCCCCAAGGGAUAUAAGUCUGGUCGGAAUAUAAAGAAAAAAAGUAAAAAAAAAAACAUUCCAAAGCAAUCAUAGACAAUGAUGUGCCAAUAAAAAAAAAAUUAACAAUUUAAAAAUGAUCAAAUCAAUUAAAAAAUAAAAAAAAAAACUAUUGUUUGUUUGUUUUGAAAGCUUUAAUUUUUUUUUGUUUCAAUAUUUACACCGAAAUAUUUGAUUUACGCCCAUGUUCCUUAGGAAAAGGUGUCAAGUUUCACAAGUAUCCCGUGCAACUCGCUAGAUGGCGUUAUAAUAAGAAAAAAUAAAUUCAUGUUUUUCCGUGAAAAUGGAAUUGCCGAUUGUUACAAGCUGAGAUUUUAUUAUAAACCAUUUUUUCGUUCUUAGAACAUUUAGUGUAAUUAAACGAUGACGAAGCAUUUGGCGUUCCAUUGUUUCUGCCUACCCUAAUGUGAGACAGGCGUGACAGAUAUGUAUGUAUGUAUGUAAACGAUGACAUUGAUUAUGAAAAAAAAAAAACACUCUUAAAACGUCUUUUUAACGAAAUAAUACAGCAGAAAAUAAAUAUACAUGUAAAAAAAUAGUCUAUGAUCGUAUUUUACAAACAAAACACUGACGUCGGUCGUGGGAAGACCAUCAGAGGGAGACUUUGUACAAAAGUCGUUUGCUUGGCCACCUCUGUCGCAUUCGUGUUUCUACCGUGAAGCAGUUGUGUUUGCAUGGCUGUGUUUCGGUUUGAAGGGUGGGAUAUGGCGUGAAUUUACAGGGUACAGAGGAAUAACACCUGAGUGCUGAGGGGAAAGGGAUUGUUAGCAAUGCAGUUUGACAGCCCCAUUGCUAGCAAUAUGCCCUAUUAGGUCGACCUCCACGUGGUUCCCCCUGGAAACCAUCGUGAACGAUUCUCGUUGAAUUCGUCACGAUGGGCUAACUGACCUGCUUCAUCUUCACCUAUCAUCCUUCACUGGUGCCCCGGGUAUACUGAUAGCAACGGGGCCUAACCUACCCAUUACUAACAAUCCCUUCCCAUCUGUCUGUAGUGUUGAUAUCACUCUCUAUCUGUAAUCUAUUCAAUAUUAUUACUUUUUUUCGUGUAUUAUUAUAAAAAAAUACCAAAUUCGUUAAAAGGACGCGUUAAGUUCGUUUACAAAUAACACACACAUAUAUAUAUAUAUAUAUAUAUAUAUAUAUAUAUAUAUAUAUAUAUAUAUACAUUUUUUUGUACAUGAAAUUGCUCAAAACACAUUCACAAAAAUAAAUAAUAAUAAUAAAAUAAAAAUUAUAUUGUGUAUUGAAUUCUCAUUGGUUAUUUAUUUACUUACCUUGGAGCAACAAGUCGGAAUUCUCUGCCAAUUGUCAAUAAAAAAAAAAGUGCAAUUUAUAAUAUGUCUGUUAAUGUAGUAAGUUCAAAACGUACUAGGGUUAUUUAGAAACGGUUUUAGGUCAGAAUUUAAUGAUAAUGUGUCCUGGUCUCGUUGUAAUCAUCCCGGGAACACUCUCCGAGGGCCUACCAUGAAAUGUUUUCCGAAAUUUCGGAACCAAACGAAAACAAAUUUGAUGUGAAAAUUACAUAAUACAUGCCGUUUGGAAAUAUUAAAAAUGUUAAAAUAUUGUUCCUUUGGACUUCUACGAUAGGAUGUAUGACGAACGAAAUGUUAAACUCCAUUUAUUGGUCCGACUUUGGUAUAAACAAAAACACGAAAUUGAGUCCGAAUUUCGGAAUUUCGUUUCAUGGUAGACCCGCAGAUUGUAAUUAGUAACGAAUCGAUACGUCCAGUCGAUCGGUCCACAUUUGAUCCGUACUACUGUCGGACAGCGGCGGACUGGAGUACCGGCGGAUCUAAGAACAAGGAAUUACAUAGAAGGAAUGAUAAAAUAAAAAUUGUAAAACAUAUGGUUGCCUCCUUUCUUCCUAUGCAAAUAUAAUUAGUAAAAAGAGGACGAAAGAUACACCAUCAGUUGCUAUUUCUCUCAAUUCAUAGCAGGCCGGUGUAUUUUUUUUUUUUUACAACACAGGGGGCGAACGAGCAUGCGGCUCACCUGAUGGUAAGUGACUACCGCCGCCCAUGAUCACCCACAACACCAACGGCAUUGCAGGUGUGCUGCCGGCCUUUUAAAAAGGAAUAUACUCUUUUCUUGAAGGUUAUGUUGUCGUAUCGGUUCCGAAUUCCACUGCCAUGGUAUUGAAAGAUGGGGGGACGGAGUUGGGGGAGGAUUUUAGGAUAAGGAAAGGGAUGGGUAUAGGAUGGGCCUCCGGACUCCCUCACUCACCAUACGGAAUGUGGUCGCACUAAAAGUGCGGCCACUUAGCGUCGGUAUUCUGUGAGGGUGUGGUACUUCCCCGGUCGAGCCGGCCCAUUCAUGCUGCAAUACCAUAUGGUAUUACAGCGUGGCUCUACCACCUACGAAUGUUUGAUAUGUCAAUUAUUUGUCAAUGACAAAUGUUACGUUACUAGAUUAUAUAUUGGACACAGUUUAUGUAGAAAGUAUGCGAGCAGGUUGCAUCUGAAUUUGGUAGGGUUAUACGGCCGUAUAACAUUUUCUAUACACUAGCCUGCUAUGAAUUGAGAAAAAUAGCAACUGACGGUGUAUCUUUCGUCCUCUUUUCACUAAUUAUAUUUGCAUAAGAAGAAAGCAGGCAACCAUAUGAUUUAGUUUUUAUUUUAUCAUUCCUUCUAUGUAAUUCCUUGUUCUUAAGGUCGGACUGAGUAUUCGCUUGUUUACAUUUUGAUAAAGUACUAUUGAAAAACAAUACAAGUUUUCAAAUUUCAUUACUGAAUGCAAUCAGAGAGUGUUCCAGAGACAAUUUCAAUGAAAGGCAGUUAUUUUUUUAUUGCGUUCUAUUCGAAUAGACUUUAAGCACAUACCGCGUAUACGCUUCCCUAUGGGCCAUGAAUUUAUAUAAGUCAUUAUUGUAGAAAAUAUAUAAUUUACUUACACACAUAGAUUCAUACAAUACAUUUAAAGUUUACGAUGUUGACCACGUGACGUCCAGAUGGCGCCACAAUAUAUUUAUUAUUUUUAAAUCAUUACUUGUCCAUUGCUGUAGAUAAGCUUCUGUCUGGGUGUUUUUGCGAGUAGUUGCCACGUUUGGUAACAGUAGUUAGUCUUUGGUGAUGUUUUAAGAGGGACGCUGAUGCCCAUUCCUCGACCGUUAAGUUCCCAAAGUCGCCUCUUACGACACCCACGGUUAAGGAAGGGCGUGACCUAUUCUAUGGCGGGACCACACAAAAGUUAUCAUUAUUCUCUAAUUGGAAUUGGAAAGAAAUCAAAAAUUUUUCAGUCGAUGUAGUGUACCGUAAUAUUUUUCUGUUUCACUAUUUCGUUAUGUUCUAAUGAGAUUAUGGGUACAAAAAAAAAAUCAGUUUAGCGCCAUCUGUCCGCGUAUAUACAAAACUUUAUAUGUACAUCAAAUUGUACCGGAAUAAAAGCGACUUUGCAACGUUCGCGGUUUUCGAGACCCGUUAUUUUCGAUGUAUUUUUUUUUUUGCGCUAUCUGGAUUAUUAAUAAAACAACAAAAAUGUUUGUACCGUUUUUAGCACUGUGAAGUAUGUAUAUAUAUUUUUUUAAUGGAUGAUAAUGGAAUGGUAACCCCGCCUGCGCUUUUUUUUUACAACACACGGGGCAAACGAGCAUACGUCCCUGGUAUAUAUAAUCUAAGAUUACACUACUGUACUGACAGUACUGUAUUUAUCGCGUAUCCAUCAAAGACUCCAAUAAUACUCUGUAAUUUUAAAUUUACUAUAUUAUUAUAUUAAAAUAUACAUUAAAAGAAUUUUGUACAAGUAUUUUGUAAAUAAACGCAUUUUUAUACCAAUUUGUGUGUCUUUCAUUUUAUUUAUCGACUGAAAUUUUGUGUGUGUGAGUGGUGACCGUGUACGGGUAAACGCAGUGUGGGCCGACCCCCUACUAGAUGGAGUGACGACCUCAAAUGCAUUGCAGGGAGUCAGUGGAUGCAGGUGGCU